GGCAGUUGGAGCAGCCCAGCCCAGUCUGAGCCGGGACUCUCCCCAGAGAAGCGGCAGGAUCCUGGUUCCCAUGGACGGGCCUGGCUGGACCGCGCCCCCCAACGCCUCGGCGCCGCCCCCCAACGAGACGGGCUGCGGGGAACAGGCCGACUUCCAGUACGUGCUGUUCCCCGUGGUUUACAGCCUGGUCUUCGUGCUGGGCCUGGCCGGGAACGGGUCCGUGCUCUGGUAUUUCUUGCGCACCCGGACGGCCACCGCCCCGGCCAACGUCUUCCUGGCCAACCUGGCGGCCCUCGACCUGCUCUUCGUGCUGACGCUGCCCUUCCGGGCCAGCUACCACGCCCUGCGCAACGACUGGCCCUUCGGCGAGGCCACGUGCAAGCUCACCGGCUCCCUCUUCUACGCCAACCUGUACGGCAGCUCCCUCUUCCUCAGCGGCAUCUGCCUGGAGCGCUACGUGGCCGUGGUACACCCGCUGCGCUCGCUGCGCCUGCGCCGGCCUCUCUACCGCGUGGCCGCCUGCCUGGCCGUCUGGGCCCUGCUGGCCGCCGCCGGCCUGUACCUGGCGCUGCGCGGGCCCCUGACGCGCCCCUUCCCCGACGGGCGCCUGGCCUGCCUGGAGAACUUCUCCAGCGACUCCUGGCGGGGCCGCAUCUCGGGCGUCAGCCUCUUCGCCGCCGCCGUCGGCUUCCUGCUGCCGCUGACGGUCAUCGGCGUCUGCUACCCGCUCAUCGCCCGUCGCCUGCUGGACACGCCCGGGAUGGCGCCCGGCUCGCGGGCCGCCCGGCGCAAGGCGCUGCGCACCGUGCUGGUGGUGCUGGGCGUCUUCCUGAUCUGCUUCGCCCCCUACCACCUCACCCAGGUGGUGCACACCCUGGGCCGCGUCGGGGCGCUGCAGGGGGGCUGCCGGCUCCUCCGCGGCACCUACGCCACCCGGCGCGUCACCAUGGCCCUGACCAGCCUCAACGCCUGCCUGGACCCGCUGGUCUAUUACUGCGCGGCCGAGCGCUUCGCCUGGAGCCCGCCCUGCCGCGCCGGGUGCUGCACGGGCCGGCCGGCCUCCUCCGGGGACGCCCAGGGCUUGGGGUUGCGGGCGCUGGACAAUGGGGCCUCCCGGGGGGCCCAGGCCGAGACAGGCACCUCGUCCCACGACAAGGCCUGAAGGGGAGACACUAAUGGACCCCCCCCCGCCCCCCGCUUGCUGCACCGUGGACUCCGGGGCCCUCGGAGCCGGGCUGCUGCGUUCUCAGCUGCUGGACAAGGGAGGGAUGGUGAACAGUGUUACUGGGGUGUGUACGUCCGUGUAGCAUUACGUGUGCGCAGUCGUGUGGGCGUGUGUGUGAGCGCGCGGCCGUGCCAAAGGCCGAGGGGUCAGCGUGUGCGUGUGUGUGAGCGCAUGUGCGUGCCAAAGGCCGAGGGGUCAGCGUGUGCGUGUGUGUGAGCGUGCGGGCGUGCCAAAGGCCGAGGGGUCAGCAUGUGCGUGUGUGUGAGCGCGCGGCCGUGCCAAAGGCCGAGGGGUCAGCGUGUGUGUGUGUGUGAGCGUGCGGCCGUGCCAAAGGCCGAGGGGUCGGCGUGUGCGUGUGUGUGAGCGUGCGGCCGUGCCAAAGGCCGAGGGGUCAGCGUGUGUGUGUGUGUGAGCGUGCGGCCGUGCCAAAGGCCGAGGGGUCGGCGUGUGCGUGUGUGGGAGCGUG